AAUUGACUGACAGAACUGUGGCGUAUGUGUCUGUUUGUUUACAAUAUUUAGCUUCAAUUUUCCAAAGCUUUGCGAGGAACAUUUUCUGAUACCAAGAGGCCGUUAAAUCACUGCUGAACCCCUAGUCGUGUGCUAAUCUUCGAACGAAGCGGACCAUAGUGGCAGUUCGGGUUGUUGCUCAAGGGAAGGCCAGGAGCGUACACCACGCAAAUUUUGGAGCCAUCGCUCGCCGAAGAUGAUCGCCCAAACGAAGAACUCCAAGCACGUGAAGUGCCAAAUUGAGUUCGAUGAUAAUACGUCCGGAGUUUACCGACCAGGAGAUAUCGUUAGCGGAACAAUAACGAUCACAUUGGAGAAGAAGAAGAAAUUUCGAGGUAUCUGCCUACGCAUCAAUGGAUUCGCUACCAGUUUCUGGGAUGCCAAAGUCAAAACCGAUGCACCACAGGGAAACAAAGUUCGCAAAACGGCCUUCAAAGGCCGUGAAGACUAUUUCAGUACCAUCAAUUACUUUGUGGGUUCCGACGUAGGGAACCCACUGGAGGUAAUGGCCGGCACCUAUACCUAUCCGUUUACGUGCCAAAUCCCUACGAAUGCACCCGCCUCGAUGGAAAGCAGUUACGGUCACAUUAGGUACCAGGUGACGCUGUCGUUCGAGCGACCAUGGAAAUACGACAUCGUGUAUCAACAAGACAUUGUCGUACGAGGAAAUUCGGAUUUGAAUCAAAACGCUGAAGCACUUUCCAAACCUACCAAAGCGGAGGCAAUGACUUCGUUCUAUUUCGGACUCACAGAACCGCUCAUUGUUACUGCCACCACUCCACGAUCCGGUUACGUACCAGGAGACAUCAUAGAGGUCACCAUUCAUGUCAACAACCAGAGUAGCGUAGACGUAAAAUUUAUAGCUGUCAAGCUUCAGCGAGUUGAUACCUUCAUCAGCCAGGUACCCCGCGUUGAGCGACGGCAGGAAUUUUCUGUUAUGGAGGAACGUAUCACGGGAAGGGUUUCAAAACGGCAGGACGCUAAGAUCGAGGAGAACAUUCUGAUUGGACCUGGAAUCCCUACUGAUGACGUACACUGUCGGGUCAUCCAGAUUAAGUACGAAUUAGACAUUGUGGUACAUCCUGUUCGAUCGCGCAAGAAGCUUUCACUGAAGAUACCCAUCGUUCUCGGUACAACUGCUAUGACCAACCACGACGUACUGAAAAAUCGAGUCGUGGCUAAACAACAGGAAGCAUUGAUGAGGGUCGCCCCGUCGGCGCCGGUAGCCUCAGAGAUCAACGAUGAAAACGUUGAACCCCCAUCGUACCUAGAUCUUCAAGCAGCACUAGCCAGCAUUUCACGGUCCUACUCGAUUACGUCGGAUGAAACCGUGGCGGAGGCUUCUGGAUCCAAUCGGGCGAGGUCGUAUGCACCCAGGGAGUUUUAACUAUCAAUAAAUAAUUUGGGCUAAGUUUGUGUCUGUCAGUGAUGAAACAUAUGUAAUCUAAAAUCAUUAAUUAGAAAUAUUUAUGGAUAUCUGAAAAAUGUGUGUAUGUAGAUUUAAACAAAAUAAAAUAACAAAAAAUAAAUUAAA